ACGAGCAACAAAUUAAAAGUAAUGGACGCUAGCUCAAGCGCACUGCAUCCACCCUGUAUGGUGUUUUUUGAUUUAGAGACAACUGGCCUUGGUCCCUCGUGUGACAUCGUCCAGUUGGCCGCAGUGAGUGGAGAUCACACCUUCAACCUUUUCAUGGUUCCCCGUUGCCGGAUGCAGGCCGGUGCAUCCCGAGUUACAGGUUUCAGGGUGAGACGCCAACAUCUGUUUCUCCACCGCAGGCCAGUGCUCACCACCUCUCUCCGAGAAGCUCUGGUUUCCUUCAUAACGUUUCUCCAGAUGUUGGGUCACCCGCUCCUGCUGGGUCACAACAUACGCAGGUUUGACUGUCACGUUUUGGCCCGAGCUCUGGACGAGUUCAACCUGAGGACGGACUUCCAGAAAGGGGUCUCUGGAUUUGUCGACACCCUCCCUUUGGCCCGACAGCUUCUCAAAGACAGCGGACUUCAGAGCUUCAAGCAGGAGAACCUGGUUAAGACCCUUCUGGGUGUUGCUUAUGCAGCUCACAAUGCUCUAGAGGAUGUGCAAGCCCUACAGAAGCUCUACCAGGCCCUCAGGCCCACAGCCAAUCAGAUUCAACAGCACAUAUUUACUCUAGACUCAUUGGCCACUGCUACUGUCAAUCAAGCUCCAGUGAAACCAUCAGGACAGAGCAGUAAAGCAGUAGAGAUCACAGAAGACAAGAGACCACACAAACCAUCAUCUACGUCUUAGUAAAUGUCCAGCUGGUCUCCUUCAUUGAAAACAGUAUUUAUAAAACCCUUGAAGGACUUUUAUAACAAAAGACAAAGUCUAGUUUGAAUGUAAAGGGCACGUGAAUUCAUGUAUUUUUUUUCAUUUGCAAUAUUUUGUGUGGUUUUAACUGAAGAAUAUUUACAGUGUUGCCGUUCUGUAAAUAUUUAUUACAUGAUGUAUUUAAUGACAUGCCAUGGAGGGUAAAAUGAUUUGUGCAUUUUUUGCUUGCUUGAAUUAAACAAUUGUUUUGUGUUCUCUAUAGGUCAGAGAAGUAAUUUAAUGGAAAAUACGACUUUUGUUUUUCUUUUUUUUUUUUCUCCCAAUUUGGAAUGCCCAAUUCCCAAUGCGCUCUAAGUCCUCAUGGUGGCGUAGUGACUCGCCUCAAUCCGGUUGGCGGUGGAUGAAUCCCAGUUGCCUCCGCAUCUGAGACCGUCAAUCCACGCAUCUUAUCACGUGGCUUGUUGAGUGCAUUACCGUGGAGACGUAGUGCGUGUGGAGGCUCACGCCAUUCUCCGCGGCAUCCACGCACAACUCACCACGUGCCCCACUGAGAGCGAACUAUAUUAUAGCGACCACGAGGAGAUUACCCCAUUUGACUCUACCCUGCCUAGCAACCGGGCCAAUUUGGUUGCUUAGGAGACCUGACUGGAGUCACUCAGCACACACUGGAUCGAGCUCAUGACUCCAGAGGUGGUAGUCAGCGUCUUUACUCGCUGAGCUACCCAGGCCCCCUGAAAACAUGACUUUUAACGAAUAAGGUGCAAAUGAUCUCAUUACUUUUUAAAAGCAAUAAAGGUACGAAUGCCACAUUUUUCUAGAGUGAGAACUAUUAGGUAUGUUAGAUAAACUGUCACUAAUAUCGCCCCAAUAAAGCGACAUAAUUUUUACAUAACCUGUUGAAUUAAUAUUCAAUUAAUUAAAUAACAUGCAUUAAAUUGUCAAGAAUGUAAUCUUAAUCUGUGUCCCACAUUUUGUGUUUAACCCUUGUUACUACUUGAUUUUAGGGAUGGGCAUAAUCAAGUAAUUUUUAGUCGAGUACUCUAAGCCCCAAAAAACGAGUAAAAGAUUACUUGUAGAUUAAAAUGUUAAAAAUGUCAGGUAUGACAUGUACGUAAAAUUUAAAUUAUAAUUUUUUUGUUAAACGUUACCAUGAGCGUUUCAAAAUAAGCUAACUUCAACAAAUUUAGCAUUUAGUUUGGGAAAAAAAGGAAAUAACACAUGCAUUAAUUCAGUUCUCAUUUUAUUCAUUACAGUUCUCAAUGCAGUGAUGACUCAGUUGUAACUGCGAGAUUUGUUGAGAGAUUCAGAGGGAAAGUACAGUAUAAUUCAGCAUUGCCUAUGGAAGGCAAGUACGCAAAGGAAAAUUAAUUUGCGAUAUUACAGUAGAAUUUUUUCAUUAGUCGAUUAGUUGGUGCUUAACGAGUACUCGAUUAAUCGAUUACUUGUGCACAUCCCAACGUGAUUUCUUCCCCUAUAAUUAAAAAAAAUUAAUUAAUAUAAAAUUUUGAAAGCAUGGAAGAAAUUCUCUUUCCAUUUUCAACAUUUUUACAAACAACGUUGUGUUGAUUGCAUUCAGCUUAACCAUUAAAGCCUGUUAUGACAUUUUUUUUUUGUAAGAAAAAUGAUAUUUUUCUUUUAAUUUAUGGGGAAUAUAUGUUUGUAAAUAUAUGCAUCAAUAACAACAAACUAACAUUUGGUCAAAGACUCGCUAGGCCCUACCGAGGGAUUUAAUCAAAACACACAACCGUUACCGAUUCUAAUAUGCUUUUAUUUUGAAUGAUUAUUGCUGAAAAAUAUAAGAAAAUUACAAUAAUUAGAAUUUUGUAUUCAUACUUACAUUUAUCCCGAAUUUUGGUAACAGGGUUGCAAAAAUUACAAACCUCAUUUAUAAUAAAAAGAAAAUAAAGCAACAUUUUCAGAAGGGUAAGCUCCUAUCACUGACCCUUUAUUGAAAGACAAAUAUCUUUUGAGAAUUUCUCAAGCCUUAU